UUGAAGCUAGUUUGACAUUGUUUGACUUCUGAACCUAAACAAGACUUUCUGUCAUAUCACUCAGUCUCUGGUAUUCAUAUCUGUCCUCAGAACAUCAUAACGUGUGGACUUGGCUGACUCGAAAGCACAGCUAUGUGCAGCUGUGUGCGGAGCUCCAGGGCUCUGUCCCCUGUUCUGCUCCCCAGGCUGCUGCUUCCUCCGACGGGGUACAGAUUGGCCAGCAGGGGACUGUCGACCUCCCCGCACUGCAUGGCUGUCAGCGGAGACUCCCAGCCGCUCCCGCUGCCCAGCCAGGCCCGCGUGGUGAUCUGUGGAGGAGGCAUUGCGGGGUCAUCAGUAGCCUUCCACCUCGCCAAGAUGGGCUGGACCGAUAUAGUAAUGCUGGAGCAGGGCAGGCUUGGUGCAGGAACAACCAGGCUGUGUGCGGGCAUUGUGAGCGUGGCCAAGCCUAUUUCCAUCGAGUGUCAAAUGGCAAACUACUCCAAUAGUCUUUAUCAGCAGCUGGAGGAGGAGACCGGAGUCAAAACAGGUUAUGUGAAGACAGGCUCUCUUUGUCUGGCCCAAAAUCAAGAUCGCUUCCUCUCUCUGAAGCGCCUGGCAUCCCGACUAAAGGUAAUGGGGAUCAGCUGUAACAUCAUUAAGCCGAAAGAGGUGGCCAAACUCCACCCGCUUGUUAACAUUCAUGACCUGGUGGGGGCGCUCCACCUCCCUGCAGAUGCUGUGGUGUCCUCACCCGACGUUAACCACGCCCUGGCUGUGGCUGCUGCUGGACAUGGGGUUCAGAUCCUGGACAGAACCACGGUUCAGCAGGUGCUGGUAGAGAAGGGUCAAGUGAUGGCGGUGGAGACUGAUCGUGGCUCCAUCGAGUGUGAAUAUUUUGUCAACUGUGCUGGACAGUGGGCUUACGAGCUGGGCCAGGCAAGUGAGACGAAGGUGUCGAUUCCUCUUCAUGGCUGUGAACACUUUUACCUCCUCACCAAACCUCUCCAGGAGCCACUCUCACCCAGCACGCCAGUUGUGAUGGAUAUGGACGGCAGGAUAUAUGCACGGCCAUGGCAGGGCGGCAUUCUGUCGGGGGGCUUUGAGAAGAACCCCAAACCCAUCUUCACCGAGGGCCGCAACCAGCUGGAGAUCCAGAACAUGCAGGAGGACUGGGACCACUUCGAGCCGAUGCUCAGUGCCUUGCUGAGGAGAAUGCCGGGUCUUGAAUCAGCUGAGAUCCAUCAGCUGGUCAACUGUCCGGAGUCCUUCACCCCUGAUAUGCGCUGCCUCAUGGGGGAGAUGCCCAGUGUCUCUGGCUACUACGUGCUGGCAGGGAUGAACUCCUCUGGCCUGGCCUUUGCUGGAGGAGCUGGCAAGUACCUGGCCGAGUGGAUGACCUACGGCUACCCCACCGCCAAUGUCUGGCCACUUGACAUUAAACGCUUCGGCAACCUGCAGAGCAGCCGAACCUUCCUGCGACACCGAGUAAUGGAGGUCAUGCCCCUGCUCUACGAACUAAAGGUUCCGCGCUGGGACUUUCAGACCGGGCGUCAGCUGCGGACCAGCCCUCUGUAUGACCGCCUGGACACCCAGGGAGCUCGCUGGAUGGAGAAACAUGGUUUUGAAAGGCCCAAAUACUUUGUUCCUCAUGGAAAAGAUUUGCUGUCUCUGGACCAGAGUAAGACUUUCUACAAGCCCGACUGGUUUGACAUCGUCGGAGCAGAAGUGAAAUGCUGCAAAGAGGCCGUGUGUGUCAUCGACAUGUCUUCCUUCACCAAGUUUGAGCUGACUUCACAGAACAGCCAGGCCCUGGACCUGCUGCAACAUCUGUGUGCCAACGACCUGGAUGUCCCUGUUGGACAUAUCGUCCACACCGGCAUGCUGAAUGAGAGGGGGGGCUAUGAGAACGACUGCAGCGUUGUCCGCGUCAGCAAGAACAACUUCUUCAUCGUCUCUCCGACAGACCAGCAGGUCCACUGUUGGUCUUGGAUAAAGAAACACAUGCCCAGUGACCCACACCUCCACUUAGAGGACGUCAGCUGGAAGUACACUGCUUUGAAUCUGAUUGGCCCUCGUGCAAUGGAUGUUCUGACUGAGCUGUCAUAUGUUUCCAUGACACCUGACCAUUUCCCCUCCAUGUUCUGUAAGGAGAUGAGCGUUGGCUAUGCCAAUGGGAUCAGAGUGAUGAGUAUGACUCACACGGGAGAGCCGGGGUUCAUGCUCUAUAUACCUAUAGAGUAUGCUCUGCACGUGUACAACGAGGUGAUGUCGGUGGGUCAGAAGUACGGGAUCCGCAAUGCGGGCUACUACGCGCUGCGCAGCCUGCGCAUCGAGAAGUUCUUUGCCUUCUGGGGUCAGGACCUCGACGCCUUCACCACCCCGCUGCAGUGUGGACGAGAGUUCAGGGUUAAAUUUGACAAGGACACGGAUUUCCUCGGUCGCGAGGCCUUGCUGCAGGAGCGUCAGGACGGCGUGUCCCGGCGAUUUGUCAUGCUGGUUCUGGAGGACCACGACACCGAGCUGGACCUGUGGCCGUGGUGGGGCGAGCCCAUCUACCGCAACGGCCUGCUGGCCGGCACGACCACCAGCAGCGCCUACAGCUACACCCUGGAGCGCCAUGUCUGCCUCGGCUUCGUGUCUCCGCCGCCGGGCCCGGAGGGGCUCCCCACGCCCAUCACCCCGGACUUCAUCAACCGCGGGGACUACGAGGUGGACAUCGCCGGCCAGCGCUACCCAGCCAAAGCCAAACUCUACCCCUUCAGCUCCCUCUUCACUCAACAAAAACGCCGCAAGGAGGACAUGGAGUUCAGCAACCUCCAGGGGAAGUGAUGACGGCCUCGCUUUAUCCUCAGCGGGGGGGCUUCUGUGACACUCCUGCAGUCCUUCAAUCCACUCCCACACUUAACUGGCAGUGCCAACCAAUUUCUUAAUGUCUCGUAAUCCGAGGGCAGUAUGCACAAGCACUCAUUCUCUCUCUAGUAUCUAACUUCCACGCUGCAUCUCCGUUCGGUUCUUUUUUUUCAAAAGUGCAAUAUUUAAGAGGCACCAAAUGCUCAAGCUGUUGGAACUACAGCAAUGCAACAGCACUCGUGUGUCGUCAAAUUGUUGUUUUUUCCAGCCCCUGCCCUGCCUCACACUCAAAAACACGGUACACGGUUUACCGGGACAGUCUGCGCCGGUCUAGUGCCUUUGUCAAGGCAGCAUCAACAAUAUUUUUUGAGGACACUUUGUUCACCUAAAACCCAUCGAGCGGGAGUUUAGACAGACAAUCGUAUCCGGCGGUGUUCCAGUCACUGUAACGCUUCGACAGUCUGGAAGAGUCUGAAAGAAAUGUCGUUUGAUGUCGAUGCAGUUGUUGACUCUUUUGUCAGUUUACAAAUUGUAAAUCUGCUGCUGUAAAGAAUACGAGUGAUGUGAUGUGAUGUAGAGUGCGAUGUGGCCCAGUCCAGAUGCUUAAUACUCUCCACCACCACCAUCCCCACUACAUUGUCCAAGAAUCAGGCAGCCUGAUAAAACCAUUAGCUAACCAAUAUUUACUCCUCUUGAAAAGGCUCCGAGAAGCCCCAAAGCAAAAUGAGCCCCCCCUUUGACUCGGUCUUUCUCAUCAACUUCCAGCUGUUCUUCUGCCGUGUGUCGAGCUUGUGGAAACGGUAUUCACGGUAAUGUAAUCCGCACUGUUAUUUGUUUAGUGGUCGUGUUGCAGCACCGUCUCUCUUUUGAUGCUCAAGUGUUGUCAUUGUUUUGCUGACGUUAGUUGACCCACAGAUGAGGGAAAGCUGCGACUGGAGCUGUUGGUUUGAGUCCACAACAUCUUACAUUAGUGAUUUGAUCGUUUGUCUUUGCUUGAUCCGGAGUUACGAUGUUUGUAUAAAGGAAGGACUUCAGGGCACUUUGAAAUAAAAAAAUAUGUAUUUUUGUAUAGUUAGUGUGUAUAAAAUCUCUAUUUUCAGUACCGCACCUUUUUUUCCCCCCUUCAAGUCGAUGAGCUUUAAGUCACAUCAGCAGUGUGAAUCAUCAGGACCACGUCGGUUGUUUCGUUCUUGCCGUUGAGCUUUGUUUCAAAUGCUUUCCAGAAUGAUCCUGUACUUAGAAACGUCAUUCGUCAGCCACAGCUUGGUGUUGUCUUACACGUGUUCACCUUUUGAAGCAAUCGGGUCCUUUUGCUCCUGCUAAAGGUCACAGUGUAAACAGAAGGACUGGGAACCCACCAGUCAAAUAGUUUGGGGGGGGUCAUCUGAAAAGGAAGUAUUUUAGUGUGAAUAUUGCUGAAGAUAAGAUGCUGAGUUGACAAAAACCUCACCAAACCGUCAUACUUUUUUUUUUUUUAGUACUUUGCUAACGUCUCAGGCUUUUUCACUACAAACGGCGUACUACACAAGCUCCACUGAUGUAUAGUAUAAGUUUCUGGUAUAUAACGUAUGAACUCCAAAUGCGGGGAGUCGGAUAUCACUUUUUUAAAGGGCUAAUUUCUCUUUAUGUCCGUUAUGUUUGUAAAAAAGGCGUUACUAUUAAUUGAAGCGUCUUACACGUGAGAGUGCAGAGAACCAACAUCAGUCUUUGUGUCGGUAGUCUGGAUUCACGUCGGGUGCUUCAGGAGCAACAUUUCUCUACAUCAGUAGAACUCUGCUUUGGCUUCAUGUGACAAACUUGUGUGUCUUACUUGAUUUUACUUUUCUCAACAGUUUUCUCAUCUCGGUGUCUAAAUAAGACCCCAUUAACAAGCGUUCAUAUCAAUCCCAGUUCAACUGCAGCAGCUUGUGCUUUAAUGGAGUUCCCUUUCAGUAUAAGAGCUCAGCAGGUCGCCGGUUUCUAUCGUCACUGACGGCUUCAUGUUGAGUCCAGCAGCUGUGAGGAGUUCUGGAUUCAGUGAAGGUGUCUGAAACGCAUUACUGCAAAAAUCACUUAAGAUAUCAGUUUGUUUUUUUACUCUCCUGAAUGUAUUGAAGGGAAAAGGCUCCAAGCAUUUGCACUAAACGAGAGCAGCGUGCUGUUUUCUGUUACUGUACGUCGUCACAGGAUCUCUAUGGUGUUCUGAGUAUCCUGGAGAGUUUUCUUGUAUUUUAAAGGUAAAUCAAAACUAACUACACACUAGCACGUGGUGCGAAGAGCGCUACAGCUGAAUAUCAAGUAUGCCAUCCAAAAGAUUUAGGCAAAAAGAGUUAUAAAUUGAAUGUCAAUGGUCUGGAAAAGUGUGUUAUAAAGUCUGUUGUAAUGAUCACUGUGAAGUGGUUGUGUUGAAACACAAACACUCCACUUUAUGAGUUUGGCGCAUGUUUGUCUCGCUCAGUGUUUCCAUUUCUACUCUACUUGUACUGGACUGAUCUGUACCGGACUGAUCUUCCAGCGUUUUCUUCAGAGCUUUACGAUAUUGUAUUUAUAUCAUGUGUCUGGCUGUACUUUGAGUGAAACAUAAAGAGAACUUUCCUUUGAA